ACCUGUUGACCUCCUCGCGGUGCAUGAUGGUAGGUAAACAGGUGUUGUUCCGUUUGUUGCAUGCAUGCAGGUAUGUCUGAGGUGUUGGCAGCUUGAUAUUUCUUAAAGACUCUGGUUUCCACGCCCUCUGGGAAGAUGAGAAGGACAAGAAGGAGGUAGAGGAUGGACCGGUAGACCCAGAGACAGCGAGGGCUGAGGAUGGAUGUGGCUGCUGGCGGGGAUGACUACGCCAGUGGAGGUGCCAGCGAUUCCGACGGGCCGACCGUCCAGUCUCCCAAACGUGCCAAAAGUCGGUCCAAAGUCUGGGACAGGGUCACCUGGUUCGCCCGCCGCAAGAGCUCCCGGGGCUGCAGCCAAUCAGAGGCGGCGGGGACGCCUCACCCCGGGGCCGCCUGUCUUCCCGACGACCGCAUGGACGUGGACUCAACUCCGUCCAGCCCGCGAGCGCUGUCAGAGUGUAGCUCGUCCAGCGAAGGGGACUUGAGCAUGGCGGAGUCACACAUCCGCCACCAGGCGAACCCAAACUCACAAGUGGACUCUCAGAGCUGCAUCAAACCCAGCGUGGCACGGGCGCUCUUUCACGAGAUCGAGAUGGUUUCCUUGGCAACGCGUAAGCCCAAGAUCGUCAUCCAGAGGAGAAAGACGUUAUCGUCGCAAUCCUCGGAGGAAUCCGACUCAGGGAAUUUGUAUCCGAGGGCGACGUCGUACCUAGACUCUUUACAUCCCUCUGUAACAAACUCAUCCGCAAAAUGUUGCCAAGAUGACCAGAACUUGAACUCCGCCCACGACCACCAGUAUCGCGCCAGCUUCUCAUGUAGACUGCACUCCCACUGCCCCUCGGCACAGAGCGUACCAAGGAGCGCGGUGGGUCAGACGCCACAAUGUUUACACGUCGGUAACAAGAGAAAUGCCUCGCGGUCGCCCAGUCCAAAGCCACGCCGCGGAGACCAGCUGGACACGGCAAAAAAGACCCAUAGUAGGAAGCGAUCGAAUGACGGGAGGUGCUGCGUUUGGACUCCAGACUCGGUCCACUGUUUGGGAGCUGGGGGGAUGGACGGUACAGGGUCAAGGUCCCCCUCUCCCAGAAUGGGCCAGUCCAGCAAACCAGGGAGGGACGUACCAUUGUCACCCCACCUGGGGGAGGGCAGGAGGCAGCUAGGGGAGGGAGUAGACGGGCCAGAGUUCAAGAAGCGUAUGGAGCUGAUGAUGGACUGGUUUGGAGACUUCAACGAUCAGCAGAAAAACAUUGUCAUCAAGAGGAUACUGGACCAGUGUGGACUGCCCCAGAUGCACCUGUUGUCGGUUGCCAUGGAGCCCAUCCUGCACCAGACCUGUCCUCACAACUGUCAGGACCUGUUGGCAUGGUUACCAGCAUCCAUCUCCAUCUACAUCCUGUCCUUCUUGGACCCGGUGAGCCUAACCCGUGCCUCCCAGACGUCGCGGGUUUGGUACGAGCUAGCGAACGAGCCGUGCCUGUGGCGCCGGUUCUGUACCCUCCCCACGUGGCAGAUGAGCAGGGCCACCGCACAGAAACAGAUGAUCAACCACAUGCUGCCCGAUGGGACCAUACAUUGGAAGAAGGUGUUUGGGGAGCGUUACUGCCUGAGAAGAAACUGGCUGCAGGGGACCUGCACUGUGAAGACGUUUGAUGGACACACACAGGGCAUCUCCUGUGUGGUGUUCGACGACACGAGGAUCGUCAGUGGUUCAUCAGACAAAACCAUCAAGGUUUGGAACAUCAGGACCAACACGCCGUGGUCAGUGCUGACCCUGGCCGGACACUCCGGCACGGUCAGAUGUCUGCACCUGGAGGGGAACACACUGGUCAGCGGGGCCACGGACAGGACAAUAAAGGUGUGGGACUUGUCUAUGCAGAGUAGCUGGUCCAGUAUCGCCUGCAGGGUCACCAUGAUCGGACACUCCGACACGGUCAGGUGCCUCAAGGUGGAUGAAGAACGUGUGGUGAGUGGUUCGUAUGACCAGACGCUGAAGGUGUGGAACCUGAGAACUGGACACUGUAAACACACUCUCAGAGGACACACUGCUGCUGUUCUAUGUGUCCAGUUUGAUGAUGACAAGAUUGUGUCCGGAUCAGCUGAUAACACCAUUAAGAUAUGGAAUAUUGAAGGAGAAUGUCUGAAGACCCUGAUCGGCCACAUGGACGCGGUGACUUGCCUGAACUUCACAGGAGACAAGAUCGUCAGCGGCUCGCUGGACAGCGACCUGAAGUUCUGGGACAUGCGGACAGGGCUGUGUGUCAGUACGCUGGACUGGACCAGAUCUGAGGGGCACACGGGGGUUAUCAGAUGUCUGCAGGCCGACCACUGGAGGAUUGUGAGUGCAGCAGAUGACAAAACCCUCAAGGUGUGGAGCGUCGAGGACGGGAAACGUCUGGUCACCCUGCGUAACCACACCGACGGGGUCACGUGUCUGCAGUUCAAUGACUAUAUGAUCGUCUCUGGUUCCUACGACAAGACCGUCAAACUCUGGGACUUCUCUGUCUCCUCAGAUAAAGUGUGAAGUUACGCCCAACAGUCUCAUGUAGUCCGCACAGUCUGCACAAUUUGAGUGCUGUGCACAAAGUCAGCAACUUAUACUUGUGGAUUGUUUCCUCCUCCCCAUCAUUAUCACGGGCGGCUUGCCCGGACAAGGUCCACUUUUUCUCAGAGAUUGUUUUAGGAUAAGAUUUAUUGGUAAAGUUUGUGUUGAUACAUUUUUGCCUUAACAUGAAUAACAUGAAUGAUACCUGUGAAACAAGCCAAGGAUGACCUAAACUAAAACAAAAGAAGGAUGGGAGCUACAGAAAACUAAAUUGCUGCAGAGCCUGCAAAAGCUUUUGUUUGAACAUCCAAAUUUGGAAUUAUUAUUUUAUACCUUGAAACUACUAGAUUUUAUUUUGACAAAUUGAUACUAGGUUUUGGCUUCUUUACCAGCAAACAUAAAAAUUAGUAAAGCAAAUUGAAUUCGCUAUUCCAUUGAAACCUUUGCAAAGUUGGCAAUGUCAGUAAGCAAAGGUAAAAAAAUGCAGAAAAAUAAACUGAAGACGUUGUGUGUGAACAGAAAACAAUGCAACUUUAUUAUGAACGUUUGUCUUUUCAUCAUUAUAGUGAUACAUGUAAUAUUAAACUUGAUCAUACUAUCAUGUGUCUCAUAUUAGAAACAAUACAAUACAUGACAUUAUAUGAGAUAUAACAUUUACAUUUGUAUGUAUAAUCAAAGACUAGUUCCACCUGUUGUGAUUUUGGUGCUGUUUAGACUUGCAUGUUUGCAUCAUGAAACUGAACAUAAUCAACUUUACAAGUCCAGUUCUGGUCCAGUAUACAGGUAAGCAGGACUACCUACGGUUGGAGCCAGUCAGUAACUCAUCAGUUUUGUUUGUUAGUGCUGCAGAAUUUGACAUUGCUCUGCCUCAUGAAAUGUAGGAAAUCUCAACUCUCUGAGUACAGAAUGAUGUAUACCAAAAAUCACUCUAUGUUGCCAACUUGACUACAUUUUUGUACUAUGUUUAAACCAUGAGUGUCAUGUACUGCAACUGGGUAAACCUUGACAUUGACUUUAUCUAUAUGUCCACAAUCAGCUUGACAUUUCAGCUAUUCUUCCUAUGGUCUAUACCUUUAUUACAUUAAUACAUCACAUAAGAGAAAGGAACCAGAACAAUCAUACAUAAGAUGAAUUGAGUUAAAGAUAUUUAGUUUUAGUCCUUGUCAUGAUCCUUUACCAGAUAAGCUUUCAUGAAUAUAAACCAACAGCAAACAUUCCUGAUAUUUUAACUGAAGAAUAAAAGGCAUGUUUUGAAUGAAUUGCAAUCAUCUUUCAGAAGCAGUUUUACAUUGCUAUGAUUCAAAUAAGAAUCUGUUUCUGGAGGAUUUGUUAAUGAUACACUAAGAUAACAUGUCAGGUAAUGUGUUGGGAUUCAAGAUUGUGCAAAAAAAUAUUUGCAAAGAUAAGAAGUACAGUUAUAAAUUGUUGUUAAACCAAAUUCAUUUUUUAGUGCUCCAUCCAGUUGUUGUGCACGCAAAUUACAUACAUUGUGUAUUAGGACUUGUGCAUGCAAGAAGCAGAGUGGGUUGGAAUUUUGUUUUACAAAAAAAAUAGUAUCUCUUUUUGCCACAGUUCCGAUGUAAAGCAGCUCACAGCAAAAUUACUGUUUGUCGAUUUUUCUUCAAAUUGUAGCAUGUAAGACAAGCAGAUACUUUGAAGUAGUAAUUAUUUUUUCAGUGUUUUUUUUUUUCUCAAUUUAAGAUCUAAAUGUAGAGAGUUUUAAAUGGUAUGCAAACAUGCGUGCCCCAGGGCACCACCGUGUUGAAAUUUUGUGGAAUUUCUUCUGUAAAAAAAAAAAUGUGGAAUUUCUUCUGAGGAAGUUACAAUUUAAUGAAAGUCAUACAAAUGUAUCAGAAUUAUAGAAGGUGUGUUUUUAAAGUUGAAAAUUUGUGAUGUGUGCAAUUGUGAGCACUAUCACCCGGCGUGUGUAGAACACAGCAAACCUGUCGCACAGCAAAUUUUGUAGUUGUCUCGAUCUCAACAAUGGCAAUGCAAGUACCGUAAGGGCAACUGUACACCACAGAUGUUUACUGGAAAUACAUUGUUUACAUUAUCAUCAACACUGUGUUGGUAUGCAGCACCUCAGCUGCCGAUUGGUAGAACCUGGAAAAGUCUGACCUAUGAUUAUGAAUCAGUAUGUACAGUUAUGUAUUAUUUACAUGAACAAAUCAAAUUAGCCGGUCAACUUCCAGGUUUUACCAUCCAACAUGGUAGACAAUAAGCAUGGUUGAAACUAGAGCAGGCACAGCUAGAUGCAUUGUGGGCAAUAUGUCCAAGUUGAAAGACUCUGAGAUAUGAAUAUAGCAUGUCUGGACAUGACUGAAGCAUUGUUUAUAGUAAGAGGCCUAAAAUGUCGACAUACUACCCACAGUCCAUCUUGUUGUACAUGCACAGUUUCACUUGUGCACUGGCUUAUUCUUUCAUCUUGGUCAUGUGAGGGAGACGAACCUGUAGAAUUAUUCCAAGUUGUCCUUGCACACGUAUACAUGGUUGUAUGGAUGGUAUCAAUGUACAUGUUGACAUUGGCAUUGAAGUAUUGAGAUGGCAGUAAGCAAAGUGUUGUUGUCAUCAACCAAUGUUAACAUUGAGAGUGGAACAUGCCAACUUGGGCAAAACAUUUGUACGUUGUCUCGAAAAAAUACUUUUCCUUAAGAUGAAAUAUUUGCAAUGUCGUAUGCAAAAUGAUCCUUGUGUCGGAAGUUUGAAUAGCAGCAUUUGUCAACGUGACUGUAUGCAAAAUCAAAAUGUGCCAAUCAAGAACUAUUUGUAUAUUAGAAGGUAGAAAAAAAUUAUAUAAUCACACUUGAAUAUUAUUCACUGUAAACGAUUGUGCCAAACACAAUGUAAGUUUAUAUGGUCAGCAACUUUUUACAUUUUGUAGGUUGUCAGAUGCUAGUAUGUUGCAACUGUAUCUUAAGUAUGAUAAAUAUAUAACCUCCGUCUUGUACUAGUAUAAAUCAAGGAGGUUAAAAAUUUUAACCUCCUUGUAUAGAUGUACUGUGUGUUAUGUAAUCUGUAGCCAUGUCUGUCCAGUCUGUCACUCUGUAAUGUUGCAGCCUGUACGGUUAGUGGGAGAUCCCAUGAUAGAGAAAUGUCACAGUUUUGUACACAUUUCUAUUUCCUGAUUAAAACUGCUGAAAGUGUGACCUCA